AUGGCUACUGAGGAGGAUAUCGCGUGGUUUCAAUCCACUUUUCGUCCUAUUCCUAAGCCAGAGCUUCCGGAUGACUCUGUCGAGUACUUCGUUUAUCAUUUGCCUUCCCCCGCCCCCGCCGUUAUCGAUGCCGCCGGGACUAGGGCCCGAUUGCUUGAGGUACAGCGCACCGCCGCUGAAUUGACCAAAAAUCUACUUAAAGACUACAUCUGGCAACGAGAAGGCUUUCGAUUGGAAACGGUCAAGGAAGACGGGCUUACCUAUCUUAGCGGCCGCACCAACUAUGGAGACUCGAUCGAAGAUGAAUGGGUUGUGGUCUAUCUUUUGCGCGAAUUGACCAAACGACACAAGGAUAUCUGGGUUAAGGUUGUGGAUGGCGAUGGCGAGUUCCUGCUCAUCGAAGCUGCGGGCACACUUCCCGCCUGGCUAGAACCCGAAGUCGCGGACAACAGGGUCUGGAUUAACCAAGGAGAACUCAAAAUCAUCAAGCCCAAGCAAACCCCCGGGAAGAAAGUCACCGAAAAACUCUCGCUCGUGCAAGCCCGAAAGAUCAUCCAAGGAGAACCGGAUCGCUUCAUGAAGUCGACCAUGAUACAAGAAGAAGCCUUCUAUAGGUUACGCAAUUACCCCAAACAAAUAUCCGAGAACCUUCAUUCAGCAAUCGUGACCAUUCCCCGCAAGGUCGCAUUUCUCCUCCACCAGAAGCCAGGAUAUAUAUCACCAGCCGUGGAGGCAUUUUACGUCCGGGAUCCAAUUGCCUUGCGCCCCCUUCGUGCCAAGGAUGCAUCCGCCCUUACCUUCAAGCCGGAUGAUAUGGUUACAGUAAGCGUUCGUUUCACGCGCGUGGGGUAUGCUCAGGUCAAAAGCCAAGAAUUUCCCAUUCCAAGCACAUGGGCGGGUAAAUUGCCACCAAUAGACGAGGAGAAAGCAUAUGCCCGGGCUGAAACAGGAAUGAAGCUGGCGUGCGGGUUUGAAAUGUUACUCUACGAUCCUCACCAUCAAGAUAAGGCUGCUGUUAGAGAGAUGAAGCUCCUUUUGGAGGAUGUGGAGACCGGCGAUGAAGAGCUCCCAACAAACGAAGACAUCGAAAAGACAUGGGACAAGAAAGAAGACGAUGAAAAGUGGCUGGACAUCAACUUCGAGGACCUGGAUCGAGAGUUGAAAGGCAAGAGUAAGGGCAAGGGCAAAGACGAGGGCGGGAAUUUUGGUGAUGCAGGAGCACAAGAGAACCUACAACGAAUCGUGGCUCGCUUUGACGAAUUCUUGAAUGACACCUCGGCCGGUUUUGAUGGAGCCGAAUUCGAUGACUUUGAGACCGAUUCUGACGUCGAUCUCGAUGACGACGAUGAACUCAGCAGUGAUGGAGAGGACAAAGAAGCUUCGUUUAAUGAAGAAGAAUUUGCCCGAAUGAUGAAAGAGAUGAUGGGCAUGCCAUCCGCGUCGGGUGAAGGCCCGGACCUCUCAACACCAUUACGCAACCGAAUCAAAGAGCUCGAAGCCGAAGAUGACGAGCAAGAUGAUGAGUUGGAACAGAUUCAGGAACUCUCCCGGCAGAUGGAGGCCGAGCUGAAACGAACCGGUGUCUUGGACCUAAACGGAAAGCAGCAGAAACUGUCAUCUGGAGAUGAUACUUCUAAAGGAAAAGAUGCCGAGGGAGCCGUGGAUGAUGACGAUGAGAACGUCAAUAUCAAUCUCGCCAAGAAUAUCCUGGAGAGUCUCCAAGGACAGGCCGGUACCGCGGGCCCUGCAGGGAAUCUCCUGUCGAUGAUGGGUCUGCACAUGCCCAAAGAUGACCGGAGCUAG